AUGAAACUCUACUUACUCCUAAUAUUUCUCAUCCACCAAGCCACCUCCGAGGACUAUUUUGGCUACGUCAAAGACAGUUGUUUUGUAAAAGGCGAAGCGAUGUCCUGCAUAAAAUAUAGGGCGUUGAAAAUCGCGAAGAAGACCAUUUUUGGCGACAUGCACAGCAACGACACUAUACAGGCCAAUUCGGUCUUCAGUUUGGUCCCACUUGAAGACCAGAAUGAUUUGAACGUGACCUUAGAGGAUGAGAUUAUGCUGAACGAACCAAGAGGUAUUCUGUCGGAGUGGACGGAGAUUGCGAAGUAUUUUAUGAGCCUGGUGAAAGAGUUCUUCAGGGUGAGGGGACUGAGGGUCAACCUUCCGGACGGAGCGAGGACCAUUGAAGACCAAGUGGAUGAUGAUUCACUUCAGAAGGCAUUGGGCAAAAUCAGAAGGAAAGGCCGUGGCAAGAAGAAGCGUCUAGCCAUCAUGGUUCCAGUCCUCAACCUGCUAGCAACCCUGAAGACGAAGAUGAUGCUGAUCCCCAUACUCAUGGCGGUGAUGCUGAUCAAGAAACUGCUGCUGGUGGCCGCGCUACUGGUGCCGAGCCUGUUGAGCACACUCAAGGCUUGUAAGCAUCAUCACCCCUCCACCCACUACUCGUACUUCGGCAGUGACGGGAGCGAUUUCAACGCGGACUACGGGAGCAGCUAUGCCUACUCCUCAGGAGGUGGCUACGGCAAGGACUGGCCUUCCAACAGGGCGUAUACCAUCUCUAAGCACAGACCAACGCCUUCGCCCGUGUAUAUCACUGCCCCUGGGUCUACUGCUUAG